AUGUUUAGACAAUUAGCCAAGCUCACCGCAGCCCCAGCCCCAAGGUUUGCGAGAUCAUACAUUGCCGGCCAGUUCACUGGUCAGAAAAAGGACAACGGUAAGUACACUGUCACCUUGAUUGAGGGUGAUGGUAUCGGUGUUGAGAUCUCCCAGGCCGUUAAGGACAUCUACGCUGCUGCUAAGAUUCCAAUCGAGUGGGAGCCAGUUGAUGUCACUCCUCUUUUGAUUGACGGUAAGACCACUUUGCCACAGGCUGCUGUUGACUCUGUCAACAGAAACUUGGUCGCUUUGAAGGGUCCAUUGGCUACUCCUGUCGGAAAGGGCCACACUUCCAUGAACUUGACCUUGAGAAGAACCUUCAACUUGUUCGCUAACGUCAGACCAUGUAAGUCUAUUGUUGGUUACGACACCCCAUACGAGAACGUUGACACUGUUUUGAUCAGAGAAAACACUGAGGGUGAGUACUCUGGUAUUGAGCACACCAUUGUUCCAGGUGUUGUUCAGUCCAUCAAGUUGAUCACCAAGCCAGCUUCUGAGAAGGUCAUCAGAUACGCUUUUGAGUACGCCAAGAGCAUCAACAAGCCUCACGUUUUGGUUGUCCACAAGGCUUCCAUCAUGAAGUUGUCUGACGGUUUGUUCGUCGAGACCGCUAAGGAAGUUGGCAAGGAGUACCCAGACAUCUCUUUGGACUACGAAUUGUUGGACAACACCUCCUUGAAGUUGGCUCAGGACCCUGCUGACUACAAGAACGUUGUCAUGGUCAUGCCUAACUUGUACGGUGACAUUAUGUCCGACUUGGCUUCCGGUUUGAUCGGUGGUUUGGGUUUGACCCCAUCCGGUAACAUGGGUAACAAGGUCUCUAUCUUCGAGGCUGUCCACGGUUCUGCCCCUGAUAUUGCUGGCAAGGGCUUGGCUAACCCAACUGCAUUGUUGUUGUCCUCUUGUAUGAUGUUGAGACACAUGUCUUUGUUCGAGGAUGCUGACAAGAUUGAGAAGGCUGUCUUGAAGACCAUCGCUUCUGGCCCAGAGAACAGAACCGGUGACUUGAAGGGUUCUGCUACUACUCAGCAUUUCACUGAGGAGGUCAUCAAGAACUUGUAA